UGCAUGCAAACGUACGUCCUCCAGAAGUGUAGGGUAUUCCACCGGCGACAGACGCAGUGUUUCCCAGGCAAUGCUCAUGUGUUGAAGCGGCUGCUCCUGCCUGUUAAUGGAUCGCCCAUCUUCUGUACAUGUAGUUCUUCAUGGCUUUUUUCAUCCGAUUCUAAUUUCUCUCUUUAAUCUCUUCUGAAUCCAUUCAAUUAUUAUACAACCAGAGCUUCAACCCAUGCCUUGAAUUUUGUAACCACCCAGCAGCUAUCUCUGACCAGUUUGGAAUAUAUUGGAUUAUUUCAUCUACUUUUUGAACAAUUAGAACAGUGUCUUAAUUACAGCUGCAAUGAUAAGCCUUCGUUUCAGUAUAUUAUGUAUAGCUAUAUCUCUAUACCUCUGUGUGGUAUACGCCAGAGCCAUUGAAGAUAAUGUGAUUAAAAAUAAUGAUGAAAAUGUUCAGAAGAUACUGGAUGUUAUAAAUAAAAGAGAUGAAGGUACUGAUGGUAUAGAAGUGGAUACAGGUAAUGGGCAGCCUCCUCCUCCCCCUCCCGCAGAUGGUCAGUCUCCUCCUGGAGCCAACCAGGAGACCGAGGCCGAUGUAGGAGCAGAAGGAAACCAGGCCGAUACAGCUGGUCAAGGAGAUAUAGGAGGAAGUCCUGAUGAUAAUGAAGAAACCUUCCCCAGCGAUGACUUCCAGGAAUCUAAUGCAGACGUUCAAGCACACCAGGCUGAAAACAAUGGCAGUGUUAUCUUGUUAGCAGAAUGGCAAUUCAUCUUGAUUGUUGUUGGCUGUGUUGCUGUAGCAAUCAUAGGUGUUGCCAUUGCCUUUAUCUGCUGGUACAAAAUUCAGACGACGUCCAAGGCCCAGAACGAAGCCGACUACCCUGCCUAUGGUGUUACUGGACCAGGGGCGCAGGUCACGCCCUCCAUGAAUAAUGGGGACAGAAAACUUGCCCAGAGUGCCCAGAUGUACCACUAUCAGCACCAGAAACAACAGAUGAUUGCCAUGGAAAAGCGUGAGAAGGGAGACGUUGCCCGUGAUGCCUCGGAUUACGAUUCAGAAGAAGAGAAUGAAGAUGGCGACUUGACCGUCUACGAAUGCCCUGGACUUGCUCCGACCGGAGAGAUGCAGGUGAAGAAUCCUCUGUUUGCGGAAGACGCUUACCCAAAGCAGGGAGGAGACCCUGAGGGAGAGGAGAAGCAGUAAUGAUCACAUUGCUGAGGAACUUCAGGACCCUAAUGAUUGCGACCGAUGUCAGAUCAAUCUCAACUAUGGCAAGCCAGCCAGCCAAUCGUCUGCAGCAGAUCGAUCUCUUGUUUUAGAACAUACACCCAUCCUUGCAUCAUUGGAUUGUGUGUGACGUGGACAGGGGCCAGUUGCAGAAAGAGUUGCAAUCAAUCACAACUCUAAAAAUCAUGCGCAGCUUGAUUUUCAACCAGUCAACAGCGUGCAUUUGGGACUUGCGAUUGAUUUUUGACUUGCUUUUAACCGUAAGUCUUUCUGCAACAGACCCCAGGACAUUUACCUUUGAGAUGAUAAAUCAUGGCUUCUUUGGCCUUCCUUGCUUGAGAUUGAACUGAAUCAAUCGCAACUCAUUUUGAAAGAGGGUCUUUAUACAUCAUUGCAGUGGCAUAGCUAGGCAAUAGAAUCAGGGAGGGAUUGGGGUGGGGCGAGGGGGGGUAAACCUGAGGGAUGGAGUGGUGGGUGUUCAUGACAUAAGAAAAAAAAUCCUUCCUGUUCCUCAGAAUCACCUUGUAAAGAAUCAAGGUUCCUCUGUCAAUUUAAGGUUUUUAUUGUUUAAAAGAAAAUGAACGAAAAAUCAAGAAAGCUACCGAUCACUAGCCAAGCACUUGCAUCCACUCCACAGUGUGCGCAAGAUGCUGAUUUUCAUAAAAUGCCGUUCAGUCAUAAUUUGACAAUGUGAACAAACAUGAUUGUUUGGGGUCUUGAGGGGACUUUCAUCUGCCCUUAGAUUAGAUAAAUAAAAUAUGAAAUGUUAAUUAUUUUAUUUUUGUAGUCAGAUGAGCUAUGGUAAGGUACCUUAUUAAAUGUCAAAGCUGCAUCUUUCCCCGCAGAAAUCCUGCAAGCGUCUUUUCAUUAGAAAUCAUCACAGUCUCCGCAGACAAAACAAUGGGGACUGGGGGAAAGCUGCCAUGAAAAGAUGCAUAGCAUCCUUAAAGCAGAAUUCCUGCUUAAAUAUGCUGCAGAGACUUCUAACAAUUUGCCUUACUGGAUAACAAAAUCUUCUAUUGGCCUGCAAUUUUUUUUUCCAUUUUGUUUCAAGGGACUGUUUUGGGCUCUUGACGUAAUUAUGCUGCGUAGUGUUGGUUUCUCCCAAUUUGUUCUGCUAUGCCACUGCAAGUCUCAGCAUUUGUAUUCAAGUUCCUUGUUACUGUUGUGGAAUCUCUGGGUUAUGUGCAAUUUUGUUUCCAAUUCCAUGCUCUGCGUUAAGCUGGGCUAAGAAAAUAUCACCAUAAUUUUUUUUAAUAUAAUUAUUUCCCUUUUUUGUGUACGAAGUACGAAGGAGAUACGUCAUACAUUUGAGUGAUUAAUACUGACAGAAUAUAUACACUGUAAUUGAGAUAUUGCUCUGGGGAUUAAUUUGAUGAAGUCUAAUUGUUUAAAGAAUAAUAUAGUUAAAAUUUGGUCCAUAUCUAUUGGGAUCGUAUUAUACUUAUCAUUAACAUUUAAUAUAAUCUUUUAUUCACUUAUGAUACUCGGUUAAAAUGGUUGUGUGUUCUGCAUCAAAAAGUUUUUGGUUAAAAAGUAUCAGGAUUAUUAUGUUUAACAGUGCAUAGCAAGCUGACUUCAUUUAUGUUUUUGGUAUCAUCAUGAAAGAAGUAUAUAUAUAUAUAUAU